GUUAAGGAUGGAAAACGCAUCGUUGUUAGAAAAUGAGUGGACAAAUUGCGGGAAUACAGAGAGAAAAGAAACACUUGGCGAAAUCAACAAUGUGGAUAUGGAAAAUGGAAUUUCUGGUACGCCGAGAGUGAACAAUGGAAUCGAUCAAACACUUAACUCGCAGGAAAAAUGUGCAGAUAUAGAACUCAUACAAAAUAUACCAGAACUUCCUACCGGAAAGGACAGGUAUUUUUUCAUAUCUUAUAGCAGUGACGAUAGUGACCGAGUUUGGUCAUGCGUAGAGGAACUAGAGAACCGGUUCAACUUAUCGUGUGUUUACGGAAAUCGCGACUUUCAACCUGGGAAAAACAUCCAGGAAAAUAUCCGAGAGGGUAUGGCACGAUCCCUGAAAGUGCUCAUGUUUCUUACACCAAACUUUCACCAAAGUGGAUGGUGUACAAUGGAGAGAGAAUACGCCUUCAUGUGUUCCGUCGAGAACAGAAGCAACUGUAUAAUCCCCGUGAAACUUGAGGAAUGCGAGAUACCCUCGGCCCUUACACCGUUAACGUAUGUUGAUGCAACUGACCCUAGCUGUGACAUUGCUGCAAAAAUUGCUUCCGCAUUGAUACAAGUAGGCGGCCAGUUUGAGUCAGAUGGGUUUCUGCCCAGGGAGUAUUCAAGUUCAAUAAAGAGGUAUGAAAACGGAUAUAGCUUCAGUAUAUUCGGGGAAAGAGAACCAACAUGCAUUCCUUGUAGACCAGCUAGAUACAAGUUCAAGCCAUCAUCAGAGCUUUUCAAAAAAAUGAGGACCGAUAAUGUGCAGAUUCCAGAACAUCUCUUGUUGCAGUCAUUUAAAUUAAUCAACAGUUCUUCAGUGAUGUGGUCCUAUGACUUUCUUAAAAGAUGCAACAUUUGUUGUUGGUGGGUGUUGUCAAUACCAUUUAUUUUCUUCACGCUUGGUCUCGUGUAUCAGGGUAAAAACCUAGCAGCAGCCACACGUACACGGUUGACGGUUGAAGAGACGGAACAGCUGAGCUCACUUGAAACUGUCCUUGGUUUCCUUUUCAUCAUGUUGCCAUUUGUAUUUCUCAUCUUAAUUUGUUGUAUUCCACACUUCUGUAACAGGAAACAGCGGGAUAAAUCACUGCAAAGAAAGUUAUGGGAAAAAUUGGGUGACAAGUUCAUCAGCAACAGUGUAAUGCUGAUAUUUUCUGGGAGGAGAAACAACCGGCCAAGGGUUCUGUUCAUGCGUUACAAUUUCUUCCAAUGCAGGGACUAUCUGAAAUCUAUCAUUGUUGAGAAAUAUCCAGCGCUAGAGGGAACAUUUGCUGAGACCUAUGCUGUGUCUUGUAUAAAACGCUAUGUGAGUGAAAUACUUCCAGUGUUGGCUGACGAUUUUGAUAGUCUACCAGAAGCACCUUACCAUCGGCAUAAUGUGAAGAAAGGAAAGAUAUGUCUGUGUCAACAUCUGGAACACAUUGUGUAAUCGUGAACACUUACCGAGGUUGUUAGUCUCUUGAUAAUACGAAGGUUCGGCAGAUAGGACAAUUUCAAAACAAUAUUUUCAAAUACUUUUGUUCGGUACAUAAAACACGCGUGUGAUGACAUUGCCAACAUAAAGGUGGCACCACAGAGUUCAAAUUUUGAACAGGAACUGCCCUUUUCAAUGUUGAAUGCAAAAAAAGUCUUAUUUAUGUUGUGUAUAAAAUGCUAUACAGUCAUUUGUCUAGUGAUAUCAGUCGACGAAGUAAUGCUUAUUUAAACAUUCAUGCUGAUAUGAUAAACUUAAAUAAUGACUUGUUUCGUGGCAUGUAUAUAAUUCUGUUACAGGCUUUAUGGCUUAGGUUCCUGCUUUGCUGCAUUAAUAUCAAUAUAAGUGGUUCUUUUGAAAUGAUAUACCCAAAUGCAUUUUCGGAUGGAUGAUUGAGUUGGUGUUUCGCGGCACUGCAACACAAAUCGGUCAGAUCGAGAGCGAGACUAAUUGCAUGUCGAAUUAAAGCGUUCCUCCACCUGGGCAGAUAAUGAAAGCCUCAUAGUCCAAUGUUCUUUUAUUGUAAUUAUUUCAAUUUUGUUCCCAGUUUAAAGCUAGAAUAUUUUAUUCUUUAAACAGCAAUAUUUCUCUUAUUUUAUAACAAUCUACGUAUUUUUACUGAUCAUUGGUAUUUAAUUCUAGCAAAUGUUAUGUUAGCACCGGUUGCAAAUAAUAUUUGUUUAUGUUAACAUAGAGAAUAUCUAAACUUUAGGCAAAAGAUGUUUCUAAAAUCGUUUAAAAGGAAUCUUAAGAUUAUAUGUAUUUAGGUUCUUAAUAGAAGUUUGUUUCUAAACACCCUAAGAUUUACAAAUUCCACAGUUCCAAAUUAUUUUAACGGUUUGGAUUUCGUUUAAUCACUUCUUGAAUAUGAUGCCUUUUUUAAUUUCUUUCUUUUGGCAGUUUCUGUGAUAUGCGGGCUCCAAACCCCAGAACCCCUUUCUAAAUUCCAGUUUAUGUAAGACUGUCCAUUGUUUUCUCGUUUCAAGCAAACCAAUUACUUUAACUGGGGACCAUACGCGGCUUAACUAGUUUAUUGGAACAAACCGAAACCGAUAGAGAAUGUGUAUCUCCAUAGGAUAUAGGCCUUUCGGACCAAUAUCUGCAGAGUUAUGGCCCUUGAAAUGGUCAAACCGUGUCCGCUCGAUUUCUAGUGUAAUUUUCCUUUGAUAUCAACCAUUCUUACGAAGAAAAUGUAUUACUCUAAAAUCUAAGCCAGGUUCGAUAACCUGCUUGUUCGGUCUUUCCAGAGAUAUGACCCUUGAAUUUGUUAAAAUUGACAGUGUCAGCUCGAUAACUAGAUUAAUUCGUCUUUGAUGUCGGCUGUACUUAUACAGAAGAUGAAUUUCUAAAAAAUCUAGGCCAAGUUUGAUAAUCAGCUUGUUCAGACUAGUAUCUUCAGAGUUAUGGCCAUUGAAAGGGUCAAAAUUGCCAAAAGUGUUCACUCGAUAACUAGAGAAUUUUUGUAAGAAGUUAACAUAACUUAUACAGAGUGUGCAUCUCUAUAAAAUCUAGUUUGAUAACCAGCUAGUUCGGAUCAGAAUCAGUUACGGCUCUUGAAUUACUCAAAAUUGCAAAACUCGACAGUUUCCGCUCUCUAACGUGAGUAGUUCUUAUCCAUUGUUCACUAAACUUAGUCAUAAUGUUAAGGGCAUUAUAUCUUUGACGAGUUAAAUAGCAACUGGAUACUUCUAAUCAGUCUUCAGUUUUUACACCUGAAUUAAAAAGAAAACAAAAACGAAAGAAAUCCCCAAAACUGAUAGUGUCCAAUUAGUAACUUAAGCACCUGUUAUCCAAGUUAUCCAAUGCUCCAAAAACUUACAGGGCGCCGUGGACAAGUUUUAGUCGCUCUGGAUUUAUAAUAAUUCAAUUAGUCUAAAUUGACGACAAGUCUGCACAGUGAGUGCAGAAUUUAAAAAGUCAAAAGUAAUUACCCGUGAAGGGCGUAUUUAACGGGUAAGGGCGUAUUGUGUGACACUUUGGCACUUUUGCUGCUGUUGUACGUCUUACCUAUUUACCGUGCAAAAUGUGCCAGAAUGAAAUAUUGUUAAAAGUUGACGUUGUAACAUUUUAUAAUUAUUUCCUUAUCAAAGUACUAGAAAAACCAUGUCCUAUGCUAUCAGUAUAUAAUAACUUCCCAAACAUGUAUCAUCGACUAUAGCGAACCAUUUAUUUCGUGUAGGUCUUACAUAUUAUUACACAUUAUUGCAUGCUUUUGUGAAAACUUAUUUUAUCUGUAUUAUAAUACAAAAAAAACAAUUUGUUUUAUAUUCUGUAUAAAUAGAUGAACAUUGAAAUAGAUAGAUAGAUAAACUA